CAGAAGAUAUAUGCGACGGCGGACCACGAGUCUUUUACUUGUUACUCUGGACAGACGCGAGCCGCAGCUCUAAACACAUAUCGGAAUUCGUAAGGUGAAAUGGGCUCAGAACGGAAAGAAACCAUCCUGUCCAAAGAGACGCUGGAACUGGCGAAAAAAGAGCUUCGAGAAGAUGAGUCCACAAGGGAUCAAGCGCUGGAAAGCAUGAGGACCUGGGUGGAACAAAACCCGAGGAUAAUUUCUUGCAGGACAGAUGACAGCUUUUUACUUCGUUUCCUCCGUUUUAAAAAAUUCAGCGUUCCGAUGGCACAAGAAGCGAUGGAGAGAUAUCUUCUUCUGAGGCAGACUUUGGCGCAGGCUUUUCACAACCUCGACAUGCACCUGCCCAGAAUGUCUUACCUCCUGAGCAAAGGUUAUUUAUUUGCAUCACCAGGAAGGGAUAAAUAUGGGAGAAGAUGGAUCAUCGCAAGACCAGGUGUGUUCGAUCCUUACAAAUACAUUAACGAAGACAUGUGCCGAAUACACGGUAUAGUCUACGAGACGCUCAUGGAAGACCAGGAGAACCAAAUCAGAGGGUUCGUCCACUUUGCCGACGGUGUCGGAGUUUCCUUUCCCUACCUCACACUCUUCACGCCGAAAGAAGCCGUCAGAAUAGUCAAAAAUGGAGAGCGCACGGUGCCAAUGAGACAUAAAGAAGUACAUGUCAUCAAUGUUCCGUCUGCCCUCAAAUAUGUCCUAGACUGGGGAAUGACACUCAUUUCCGAAAAAAUUAAAAAGAGAGUUAAGAUUUACACGUCCAUCGACGAAGCCCUGAAGACAAUCGAUACAGACAUGCUACCCCAAGAGUACGGUGGCAAAAUACCCAUGGCUGAGAUGAUAGAGAGAUUCAAAGAGGAGAUUGAAUUGGCCAGGCCGCAGCUCCUGGACCAUGACAAAAUGGAAAUGAGGUUGGAAUUGUUUUCGGAGAACGCAAAAGCCGGCGCAGUCUCUGCCCUCAAAGCAGGCAAUACAAGCUGCAAUCCUUACAAAAAUGAUCUACUAUGUGGAAGUUUUAGGAAACUGGAAGUGGAUUGAUUCACUUAAUAUAAAUUAAUAUAAUAUGCUUUUAUACUGAUAUGUCUAAAUUAGUAAUGAAUUUUUGAA